AGCACAAGACUCGGGGCACUCCACGCGUUUUUCACGACGUGUGCAUUACGAGUCUGAGGGAACCGGCGGUCGAUCAGGUUUUCCCUGGAGAACGAGUCCUCGGCAUCCGUUGGUACCAGGCACCGUGUACUAAACGCGACGUAAUGGCGCUUUCCGGCUCAUCGAUCGUGAUCGUUUUCAUCGGCGUGGCCGCUUACGCGGCGGCCGGACCCGUUCAGACCGCACCAAACACGUUGCAACAGAACGACUAUGGGGGAUUGCCGGAUUUCUUGGCAAGAUGGGACGAUCGAAGGAUGAACCAAGGUACGAAGCGAAAUUUGGAUCAGAUUGGCGGCGGACAUCUCGUGAGGGAUACUGACAAGCAAUUUAGGAGUUUAUCAAACGAAGAAGAGAGUCGCUUAAUUCAAUAUUUAAAUUCCACCAGUGACAAGCAAAUACUGGACGCAAUCCGUCGAGAGGAAUAUGCCGAUCGAUUUCGCAAUGGAAAUCUCAUUAAUUCUUUGAUCAAAUCCAUAGCAUUUGCAAAUGUAUUAAGUCGUCCAUACAGGCCCGAUUUAAAUGUCGGUCAAGCAAAUGACCAAUUAUUUAUGGAAAAAUUUAUUAAUCGCGAUAUUCAAAACAAUGUACUAGAAGGUGAUAGACGAAUCGUUAAAAAUCUAGAUCAGAUUGGCGGCGGGCAUCUUGUAAGAAAUCUGGACCAGAUCGGUGGCGGGCAUCUCGUAAGAAAUCUAGAUCAGAUCGGUGGCGGACAUCUCGUAAGAAAUCUAGAUCAGAUCGGUGGCGGACAUCUUGUAAGAAAUCUAGAUCAGAUCGGUGGCGGGCAUCUUGUGAGAAAUCUAGAUCAGAUCGGUGGCGGGCAUCUGGUGAGAAAUCUAGAUCAGAUCGGUGGCGGAAAUCUGGUUAGAAGCGUUAAUUAUCUGAAUGCAGAAACGAAACGGCGUGUUGAUGAGUCCGGUAUCUCGGAGAGGCAACACUUUAUGCGAAAUUUGGAUCAGAUCGGAGGUGGAAAUCUCUUGAGAAACUUGGAUCAGAUUGGAGGCGGAAAUCUUGUGCGGAACUUAGAUCAGAUCGGCGGUGGAAAUCUCCUGAGAAGCUUAAAUUGAUUUUACAGCGAUGCCUGAUCAUAGUGGAUCAGUACAGAAUAAGGAAAGGGAUGUAGAACGGCUUAGAACUGAUUGUAGAAAGCUUUUAUAUUGAUUUUUAAUCUUGCAACAGAUAUGGUACUUUUUGAGUUAUAAUUACCUAAUAUAUUAUGCAUGUAAGAAAUCAGAAUUAAACAAUUGUAUUUAAUAAAUAUACAACCAGGA